AUGGCGGAGUACUGGCCGCGACUACCUGAUACAGCGGGUGUACCGUGUCCUGUCCAGUUCGACGAAGCAGAGUUAGCCGAAUUCCACGAGCAGGAGGAGCAGCUGUUCGCGUUAAACAGUCUAGUUAACUACUGGCUCGACCGAGUGGGCGGCGUGAGUGAAGAGGGCUGGGUAAGCAAUGAUCGCUAUGACGAAGCCGUUCGGAAUAUCGCCGAGCUGAAGGCGGAGCUUAUCGCUACUGCGGAGGGGGAUGAAGAGGAUCUACGGCUGUGGGAGAAGGGGUGGUUGUUCAGAGAUCGUGAGGAGAGUGAUUGA